CCUCCUCCUCCCUCUCAGUGGAGCAGGUGCAUCUCGGGGAUGGGUUUUAUCUCCUGGGUCUGAAUAUAGAUGUGCAGCUCGCGCGCUGUGCUGGGUGAUUGUGAUGAGAGAGGAGGCUGUUUCAGUGUAAAUCUCGCUGUUUAUUCAUGCGGUGCUGCUCUGUACUGUGCGGGACGGGGGGAUAACACUGCUGCUGCUGCUGAGGAUGCUGAGGAUGAUGGUGGUGGUGGUGGUGCUGGUGGUGGUGUUGGGCCUUCUGCAGCAGCGGCCCGAGCUCACACCAGCUAACCCAACCUAGCUAACCAGAGGACCGAGGGCAAAACAGCGGGGACUUUAUGGCUGUUCAACGUCAGGCGCCCCCCAAACUGUGAGGACUGGAUGGAUAACGCAGUGGACGGGUUAGAGGGGAGAGACAGCUGAGUUGGUGGGAAGGGAAAGGAACCCAGGUUUCCUUUGGCCUGGCCCUGAGAGAAUCAGCAGGAUGAGCCACCGAGUGUUCAUUAUACGAAGUGUUGGGGUGAGCAUGUGGGGGCUAUUGCUGCUCUGUGCUGUAACAUGGGCAUCAGAGCCAAUUAUUGUGGAACUGGAAGCCUCCAUGCACUCCACCCUCCUCUUGGAUAUCCAGUCAUCUGUAUCCAGAGUGGCCACAGCCCAGUCCUCUGGAGUUUCAGACACUGUAGCUGUGGUGGGCCAGAUGUUCUGGAUGAGGAUCCCAUUGCCUUCAGCGGAUUGCCACAGCACAGACAUUUUCUCUGAGGUAGGCAGUGCACCAUUCCCGUCAUGGCUAUAUUGGGACAAUGAGCUCUGUCUUCUUCAAGGUCUACCAUUAGAGGGGGAUAAAGGGCUGUACCGCUUCAGCUUGUCUCCAGCAGCAUUGCAAGGCCGUGACGGCAGCAUACAGAGCCACCUGCUUCUCAGAGGAACCAAACUAAACAGCGCAUACACUCAUAUAAAUCAGCCAGAGGUCUUCACCAUCACAGUAAACUCGGAAGACCAACAGGAGAUAGACCCUGCUCCACUGACACGACAUACUGAGAUCAACGCGACUGCAGUGUGUGUCUGUUCGAGUGGGCAGCCAAUCACUGUGCUAACUAUAAUCUUGGAUGCUGACCUCAUUAAGAUGAAUUCUAGGGAGCGACUGGCACUGCUACAGAAAAUGAGUCACUUUGCUAGCGUGCCGCCAGAGCUGAUGCGGGUCAUGCCUGUUAUUAACAACCGCUUUUUCGACAUGACUGCUUUCAUGGCCGGUCCGGGAAAUGCCAAGAAGGUGGUGGAGAACGGCGCGCUGCUGUCAUGGAAACUAGGCUGUGCACUAGACCAGAGCAACCUACCUGACAUCAGUCGAGUUCAACUGCCAGCUAAGGAUGGCACCAUGUCAGCUUUGUUAGGAUAUCCGGUGGUCGGCUGGUACAUUGUCAAUAAGAAACCCCAAGUGGUGAAGCGAAUCAGAAGACAGAUCCACAACACCCCAACACCUGUGCCAUCUCAACUUCCCCCAACCACUCACCCGGAACCUGCAGAGCGCAUCGUGCCGACCCUCACGUCACCUUUUAUUGCCCCUACGACAGAUAUGUUGGCAAAUCCUGCUCGUGGUCCCCUUCCGUUGCCGGUGAAACCUACUAUACGGAUCCGUGACCAGGUGGCUUACACUCCUGUCCUGGGCCACCCACUUCCCACCCGAGUUCUGGGCAGCACCAGCACUCUCCCCAUUCAACCAACACUCACACGUCAUGGUUAUGUGGAGCCUACUGCUUCUGUGACUCCUCCAACCACCCGCAGACCAAAGACCUCCGCCACGAAAAAGGGUAAGAAACAGAAAACCACACCCAUGCCCCGAGAGCCAAAAACUACCGUCAAACCUUCCAGACGCACCACCCCAGUGACCAACCAGAAACCUCAGCUCCAUAACCCUAUUGAUGAAGUGAAUGUGUGGGUGGGAACAUAUUUUGAGGUGAAGAUUCCAGCCGACACGUUCUUUGAUCAGGAAGACGGCAGCACUGAAAGGUUGCGAUUGUCACUGCGCCAGAGUCACAACCAAGCGGUUGAUGAAGGCUCCUGGAUCCAGUUUAACAGCACCAGUCAGCUGCUGUACGGCCUCCCUGAUCUGAGCCACGUCGGCCGACAUGAAUUCUUCAUGAUGGCCACAGAUAAAGAAGAUACAAGUACCACAGACGCCUUUGAGGUCCACGUUAACCGCUGGCCAGCUGAAGACCAGUCGCCGGUUACGUUUACAGCUCGUUUUCAGGGGGAACCUUCAGCUUUGAGUGGAGACAUCCACAAGAAAAUUUUACUAAGCAAGAAACUGGCCUUUGCACUGGGUGAUCGCAAUAGCAGUUCGGUCACUCUUCGGAAUAUCUCAAAUGGUUCUAUCUUGGUGGAGUGGACCAACAGCAGCUUGCCUAAGAACCCUUGCCCACGGGAACAGAUUCAGGCAAUGUGUCGCAGGAUUUCAGAUGCUCAAGGUCAGCCUACUCCCAUCUUCAACAGUGCCAUGGAGCCAGAGUUCAAACCUAUUAAUAUCAGUGUGCGUGGUGCCAACAAAUGCCAAAGGUUCUCAUUUGUGCCCCCGGGGGAACUUCCUAUUCCUCCAUCUACAGGGGAGAGUCCCACUCUAGUGCCAACCUCAGUCACGCCUUCCUCUGGCUCGGGCCGGCGUAGCAGCGAUGACGUUUACUUGCACACAGUUAUACCUGCCGUGGUGGUGGCUGCUCUGCUGCUCACUGCAGGUUUCAUCGCGAUGGUCUGCUACCGAAAGAAGCGACGCGGAAAGCUAACCACGGAAGAACAGGCCACCUUCAUCAAAAAGGGUGUUCCUAUCAUUUUUGCGGACGAGUUGGAUGACUCUAAAUCGCCUCCCUCCUCCAGCAUGCCUCUGAUCUUGCGUGAGGAGAAGCCCCCACUGCCCCCUCCCCAGUAUCCCAGUUCUGCCUGUGGAGAAGGGUCGCUACUCAACCAUCACAUGCUGGAGGAGUACAUCUCCCUCAGUGACGAUGACCCUAGUGCUCCCCCUUAUCAGCCUCCUCCUCCAUUUACUGUUCCCAUAGAGGGCAAAGGUUCUCGACCCAAGAACAUGACCUCCUACAGGUGCCCUCCACCCUACGUUCCCCCCUAGUACACGGCAAGGCCUCUCAGACUGGAGGACAAAUGGAUUUUAGUAGACUUAACCUAAAGUGGAAAUAAAAUCGUGUGAAUAUGAAUUGUGAGAGGGAAUGGCUGGGGGUGUGGACAGAGCCCUUGGUUGCGAGGCAUGCUGGAUUAUUGUGACUCUGAAAGACUGAGCAGUGGCUUCACUCUCCAGAAUCUCCAAUCUACAGAACACUAUAGAAUACUUCUGAUCCAAAAUCAUCUACAGUACUCUGAAUAAGACCUACGUGCUUAAAUCUCUGACUCAUUUGAAAUGUCUGAACCAGUUAAUAUGGAGCAGUAAAUGGGACAUACGGGUUCAGAAUGAAUGAAGCUCAUAUCCGCUAACGCUCUUUGGGAAUUACCGUCUCUAAAGCACUGAAACAGCUACUGCCACUGAGAGUCACUUAAUCAAACCGCAAGCCACUUACGCAGAGCUACUGAGCAGAGAUUUAUAUGAGACACCGCUAAGAAUACCUUUGGUGUCUGUAUAGUCUGUGUUACUGAUUUUUUUUUUUUAUAUAAUGAUCUUUUUUAAUGUCUUUGCCUGGAAGCAACAUUUAUAUGGAGUAUUAUGUUUCUAUGUCAUAUGAAACAAAAGAAAAACACUGGCUAUAUCUAUUUGAUCAUAGGCAGCCUCACGGGCAGAUAGAAGCAUUGGUUAGUGUAAAUGAUUCUUUCAGCCUAUUAGAAUUUGGUUAACGUUUGUAUGCAGCAUCAAAUCUGACCAUCAUACCACGUCAACAUGCUUAAAUAUCACGUGCCCACUGUAUAAAUCUAUAAAGUCUGCCGUUUUAACUGCUAAACAUGGUGAAACGGCCUAUGACUACCAGUCUCUAAAACCACAGGCUUGAAAGAUUCAGGUCUUAAGUAUAUUAAUACUAUUGUCUGAAAGACGUUAAGACUAGCAUGUGCUACACAUAUGGAACAUAACCACGGAACAGUAAGUAGUUAACCAGUGUGCUAGCACAUUUCUAAAUAUGAAUUAGCCCAAUGAUUUGCUUACAUUGAAAGCUUCUACGGCUCUAGCAUUGGUGUAAGAGAUGUUUUAUUAGUUACCACCACACUUUGUGAACAGACUGCCCUCGAAAACUCCUGGAAUCAUCACUUAACCCAUAUCGGUAUAAUUGUUUAGACAAAAAAAAAUGGACUCCAGUGAAAGCACUGCGUUGCUUCUGACUGCUAUAUCAAAUGUGUUUCCUCCUCUUUGUUGUAAUGUGACAUUGCAUUGCGUGUUUGUAUAUAAGUGUGUGCCUGCUCCACCUGUGGGAUCAAUAAUACUACAGCACUAGAGUAGAUCAACAAAAAAAAAAGGAUUUUAUUUUACAAACGUUUCCAAGAGAUUUGACUAUUAUAUUCUGAAAACAAGAAAUGCAAUAUUUUACUGAGUCUGAUCUAACCAGGAUGUGUAAUAGCCCUCGUGCUGUGAAUGUUUUGGGAAGAGUGAAGAGCCGACGGAGAUUCGUGUUCGAUAAAUAAUGACAAAAAAAAAAUGACCACAUGAAACAUCUGAAAUAAUUCAGUCUAAUGUUUUUACUACAUUUUUGAUACGUCUGAAAUUGUUUAUGAAAAUAUAUUAAUAAAGCUGUACUAAAAAUUGUGAA